UAGCAACCCUCGCACCUGCCUCCUCAUUCUCGCCUCCUCACACCCUCCCUCCUCUCUCUCUCUCUCUACCACCAACCUGACCCCACAACCUACCUUUGAAGUUGCUUUCUCACAGGGUCAGGCCGCUUGAUUUCACUAAUUUGUCAUAAUACAGCAGUAUUCGUCUAAUUAAUCAUCCUGUCCCUUCCCUUUCCAAACCAUCCUCCCCAACUAAUCGGCCACCAAACAUAAAACGUUGACACGAUGUCUGCACCACCAUGGCGAUCGGGUAGUACUAACGGAAACAAUCGUAGGUACUCUUUCUUCUUCCCCGAGAAAUGCUCCGAAUAGCCCGUCCGAACCCAACAAACUUACUUGUAUUUUUACUGCCUCAUCCCUAAACUGAUAUGAUGCUACAAUUAGGGAAUGGUGCGUUUCACUCUGUUAAUUCUCGCAAGACGCUCUCCAGUCGCCCCAUUCACCAUGAAGGCACUCAGGUACGCGGCAACCUUAUCUUUUUUUUCCUUCUUCCACCCUAUAUCUACUUACCUUUGCUAUAGAACUUUCUUUGCUAAUUUAUGCAAAUCAGACUCUCACUCAAACUUCAGCUUCUGAACAAACUCCGAAGACGCAGUUUCCAGACAAGUUGAAGGAUUAUGUUGCCCGAACUUUCGAAGACUGCCCACCGGAGGAGAAGGUUGCUGUCGAGUUAGAGCUCAAGAGAAUAAUCACAGAUGCCUUUAAUGAGAAGGUUGUUUGGAGUUUGGAGUGGGAUAAGAUGCCGCUUCCUCAGGCCAUACUGGCAAGGAAGAAAGUGACUGCAAAGGAGGAGCAAACAGCAAAGACACUUUCUAUGGGCCAGAUGAGCCGAGUCAGUAAUGAAACCGGAUCGUCACCAUCUUCCCCGUUCAUCCGAAAACCUAAUUACAGUAAUGCUAUGGACGUGGACCAUCCCGGAAAAAAACGCAAGAGGUGAGUGCGAUCGUGCCCCAGUAUUCCACAUCUCGUCUUUAUCCCCCGGUUGACCAGCGCGUUUUAGUACCGGCUCUAGCGAAGAAUUAACACCCCCAGCCCCAGACAGAUUCGAAGAGAGAUUUGACAAGCGAUCUCGUCAGGGUGACAAAUUCCUCCCAACAUCGGGUAAACUAAGUCAACGUGAAAAGGAUAAACGUGCGAAACGGUUUGAGGAUGAAAGGCGUGAAUAUUUGCCCGGCUCGGCCACCCCAGAAGCUCCAGAUAACAAGAAGCCCUUGAUUGGUCGUUGCAUGGAUUUAGAGAAACGAUAUUUUCGUCUUACUUCAGCCCCCAAUCCAGAUCAUGUGCGCCCACUACAUGUGCUUGAGAGGACCCUGGAGAUGCUCAAGCGCAAAUGGAGAUCGGAAGCAAACUAUUCAUAUAUUUGCGAUCAGUUUAAAUCACUUCGACAAGACCUAACAGUUCAGCACAUCAAAAACGACUUUGUUGUUACAGUUUACGAAAUUCAUGCACGGAUAGCAUUGGAAAAGGUAUGGGGUCGGUCAGCAGCUUCCUAUGGAAUAUUCAAACUAAGUAAUCAUUGAUUAUAGGGUGACUUGGGUGAGUAUAACCAGUGUCAGACCCAGCUCCAUUCGCUUUAUCGUGAAGGCUUCAAAGGCCAUGAGGAGGAAUUCAAGGCGUAUCGUAUUCUCUACCUUCUUCACACAUGCAAUCGGGCCGACAUGAACGAGCUCUUAGCAAAUUUAACCCCUGCAGACAAAGAAGUAAAAGCCAUUAAGCAUGCGCUAGAGGUCCGUUCAGUACUAGCUGCUGGAAACUUUCACAGAUUUUUCAGACUUUAUUUGGAGGCACCAGCCAUGGGAGGCUACCUCAUGGAUUCCUUCGUUGCCCGUGAGAGAAAGGCUGCCAUGUGCAUGAUAUGUAAAGGGUAAGAAAACAAUCGUUGUCGCUAGUUCUUUUCCAGAAGAAAACUACUAAUAUUUGGCGUGACCCUUCCUGCCUCGUAUAAGUUACCGUCCCGAUAUUGAUAUUAGAUUUUUGACUGAGGAGCUCGGGUUUGAGAGCGAUACCGACUGCGUCAACUUUCUCUGCGAAAACGAGGCUGCGGACCUGAUUGAGCAGAAGACGGGUGAUAAGGGGGUACCCAACUCGAUCCGCUUCCAGACAGCGAAAGCACUCCCACUCUUCGAACGAGCCAAAAAUGCUGCGUUCAGUAAGGUUGAUAUCAAGGGUCAACUAUAACAGUGACAUUCGCCAACCCUUUGCUAAAUCUCAUUUCCCUAUAUAUCAAAUAUCUCUUUGCCGAGCCUCAAAUACCCUUCCUUCGCAAACGUAUUCCCCUUUCUUGAGACCGCGACAACAACAGUAGAAGAGUCUUGGGAGAGAUGAUGAUGGGUGUGAGCAGACGAGCGAGAAACCCAACCAAUAAAGGACAUUCAGAAAAGGAAAAACAAAAAAAAAAAACAAGGACAAAAUAUGGGUGAAAGAACAGAGAACAAAAAUCAACCAGAAGAAGCAUAUCAGAGCUCCGGGUCGUUCAUUCUUUUGUUCCGUCGAUCCGCCGCCUUCCUUUAUCGGUUUUUCGCGCAUUCUCCCCUUCCUUCCUCCGUCGCUCUUCACCUCUUGGCCUCCGGUCGGUAAAUUCUUUUCCUUACAUUUCCAUUUCUUCAUUUUCGCAUGCGAGGUCAGCCGAUAUAUGGGUUGGAAGGGGAAGGGCGUUUUGGCAUUUUUCUUUUUCUCCUUUUCUUUUCCCCCUGUAGGGGCGGUUGCUAUUUUUUUUUCUUUUUCUCUCUUCCUCUUUUGCUUCAAAUUCUUCCUUCUUUUGCUGUGGAUAGUUUGUAUGAUACACCAUUGGCCCUUUUUCACAAGUUCUGAUAAUUUACAUAAAUUUACCAUAAAUUCUUGAGUGGGUGAGUGGAUGAGCGAGAGAAUGAAUGGUUGGGUGGAGAACUGGAGGGAAUCGGCUUUUGAUGUGCGAGUGGAGGUGCUAAUUGUGUGAGGUUGCAGGUUGGGCGAGGGAUUGUAAUAGCAUCGCUCGUAUUACUUGUAUUGUGGGGGUGUUCGCAGUGAUAUGAUGAUCCACUGCGGCACCAGACUAGCGUACUGUACGAGUACCGCACAGCAUGGCGUGGACACUCAUACCCAAGCGCGGUACAGUACCGGUACGGUGCCGUACCGUACUCGUACACUAAACUGAUGCACCAGGCUGCACUACACCGCACCGCAGUCAGAUUCGAAGCCCAUGCUAGACAUGAUCUACGGCACCUACAGCGGACAGCACGAUGCAGAUACACUCGUUCGCUCGACUCACCCACACUCACACCCACUCACUCACUCACUAAAUUUACCGUAACUCUCAACCCCGGGAGCCUCAAACCCCAACCCAACCCAAUCCAGCCCGGUCAGGCUGCUAUCAUAAAAAGGAAAAGAAAAAAAAAAGGAAAAAUAAUAAUAUU